GUUGAACUAGAUCCAAAUUUUGAAUAUAAAGUUUGUUCGUAAUAGUCACUUAGUUGCAAAAGAACAUAUGUUUUCAGAAUGGCAUCAAAAAUGAAUAAAUUGCACCCCCCUUCCCAAUUAAAAAAGUCAUAAAUUCCUAUUGAUCUUUACAUAAAUUUUAUAUUUCUAUCAAUAAUAAAGAUCUAUAUGUACCUUAGUCCACAAAAUGUUGACACAAGAAUUUUGCGAAAUGUAUGUUGGUAUUCGUUCACAAAUGGUUCUUUACUAUUAUUUUUUAAUGGGGGUGGUGGUGGGGGGGGGGGUUUGAACUAGAUCCAAAUUUUGAAUAUAAAGUUUGUUCGUAAUAGUCACUCAGUAGCAAAAGAACAUAUGUUUCCAGAAUGGCAUCAAAAAUGAAUAAAUUGCACCCCCCUUCCCAAUUAAAACAGUCAUAAAUUCCUAUUGAUCUUUACAUAAAUUUUAUAUUUCUAUCAAUAAUAAAGAUCUAUAUGUACCUUAGUCCACAAAAUGUUGACACAAGAAUUUUGCAAAAUUUAUGUUGGUAUUCGUUCACAAAUGCGUUCUUUAUUAUUAUUUUUUAAUUGGGGGGGGGGGGGGGGGGGUUGAACUAGAUCCAAAUUUUGAAUAUAAAGUUUGUUCGUAAUAGUCACUUAGUUGCAAAAGAACAUAUGUUUUCAGAAUGGCAUCAAAAAUGAAUAAAUUGCACCCCCCUUCCCAAUUAAAAAAGUCAUAAAUUCCUAUUGAUCUUUACAUAAAUUUUAUAUUUCUAUCAAUAAUAAAGAUCUAUAUGUACCUUAGUCCACAAAAUGUUGACACAAGAAUUUUGCGAAAUGUAUGUUGGUAUUCGUUCACAAAUGGUUCUUUACUAUUAUUUUUUAAUGGGGGUGGGGGGGGGGGGGUUUGAACUAGAUCCAAAUUUUGAAUAUAAAGUUUGUUCGUAAUAGUCACUCAGUAGCAAAAGAACAUAUGUUUUCAGAAUGGCAUCAAAAAUGAAUAAGUUCAGAAACAAAAUAAAAGAAAAUCCCAUAGCAGAGGCAGAAAUGAAAAAGAAACAUGCUGAGGAAAUGAAAAAACACAGAAAAAAAUGGACUGAAAGUCAAAAGGAAAGAAACAGAGAGUUGAGCAAACUUCGCAUGAAAAAAAUGCGAGAGAAGAAAAAGAAAAUGUUAGAAGAAAUGCACAGCAGUGAUCAAAACGAAACUGCAUCUUUACCAGAAACAAGACAGCAAAGGAAAGAUAAGGAAGAACAGAAACAGAAGCAGCGGGAAUACAAGCGACAAUGGCGGGCUAAUCUUUCAUCGCAGAAAAAGAGAAGAAUACGAGAAAAGGAUGCUACUGCAAAACGACUGAAACGAAAGAAAACUCCAGGCAUAGCUAUGAGGUUUCCUGCCAAGUCAACAACAGAAACAGGGAAAGAAACAGGUUUCUCAUAUAAUGAGACUGCACUAAGAAAAGCCGUUUACAGAACAAAGAAACAAAUACCUAAGAGUCCUACAAAGUAUGCAAAAGUUGUGAAGAAAUUACUUAAACAAGCAACUCCAAGAAAGAGAGCAGCAUUAGAAAAUGAAGGAAUCUGUUCACCGUCAUCAAAAAAGAAUCUGACUGAAAUGUUCAAAACAGUCAAAACAAUCCAUGAAGGUCUGAAAGGUAAAACAAAGAUUGAAAAAAAGAAAAGAAAGGAGUUCCUGAGGAAUUUUUCUGAACGAUUAAGUCAGAAGCCGGAUUUCCAAAAAACUUUUUGUGCCGCCACAGGGAUAAAAAAAAAAGUAUUUAUCACAUGAAUUUGUUUGUCCAAAGCCUGCAAAAAUUAGAAAAGAUGCCUUAGCACCAGCAACAAAAGGUAGCAUUGUAGAAUUCUUCAAAAAAGAAACAAAUGCUGUGACAGUGUCCGAUAAGAAAGCAAUAAAAAAAGAUCUGAGAGAAAAACAUGUUUUAACAACCUCACAAAAAAGUUUAUGGAACAGAUGGAAUGAAGAGAACCCUGAUGAAAAGCUGUCCUUCUCAAAGUUUUGCACACUUCGACCAAAGAAUGUUUUAACACAAGGUUAUAGAAAAUUAUAUCAGUGUUUAUGCGAAUAUUGUGAAAACUUGAAACUAAAACUUGUUGCAAUUAACAAAUAUCUAACAAUGAAAGAUCAUGCAGAGUUAAAACUUUAUGAUGAAUUUGAUGCUGUGAAUAAGACUCUCUGCCCUAAAGGGGAGGAUAAGAAGUACCAUAGAAGAGAUUGUAUUGAUAGGAAGUGUGCACUUUGCGGGACUGCAAUUCUAAAAACUCAACUGAAAGAUGUAAUAGAAAUCAAUAAUCAGGAGGAAAUCAAAUGGAGUAAAUGGGAAGUUGUUAAAACUUUUAACAGAAAAACAAACAAAGAAGUUUCCAAACGACAAGAGGUGUUAAAGAGUGGAACACCUGAAGAGCUUAUUGAUGAGAUUGCAAAUGAGCUCGACUUUUUGUCUAUUCAUUUGUUUGAAGCUAGAUGGCAACAGGAUCAAUUCAGUCAACUUUCCAAAGAAUUUCCAGAGAAGUCAGUUGUUAUGACGAUAGACUUUGCAGAGAACUAUACUUGUUUCUCUCAAAAUGAAAUCCAAGGUGCCCACUGGGCUAAAGACUCGGUUACAAUACACCCAUGUGUUGUUCUGUAUAGAUGCCCAAACGACGGAGAAAUUGUAGAUGAAUGCGUUGACAUUGUAAGUGAUGACUUAUGUCAUGAUAGCCAUGCUGUGAAUUUUUUCACCAAAUCUGUCAUGAAACAUUUAAAGGAAGAAAGACAGCUGGAAAUAGAUCAUGCUUACAUCAUUAGUGAUGGCUGUGCAGGUCAAUACAAGUCCAAAGUACCAUUGAUGGAUGCCAGUUGCAGUAAGGAGGAUUUAGGUUGCACAGUUGAAAGAUGCUACUACGGUAGCAGGCAUGGAAAAAACCGGUGUGAUGGAGAGGCGGGGGUUUUGAAGGCGAAAGGAACAAGAGCAGUCAAAAAUGGUGAGGCAAUUAUAUAUGAUGCUAAGUCCUUCUACAAUUGUGUGAAAAGUCUAGAGAAAGGUCCAGCAGGUGAAACAGAAUGCAAGCACAAAAGAAGAACCAUAUUAUGGGUUGACAGUACAGCAAUCAAUAGGAAGAGAGAUGACAGAAAUGUCAAAACAGUAGAGGGAACCAGGAAACUACACUCAGUGUUGGGGGAACAGAGGGGGACAAUUAGGACAAGACGACUGUCAUGCUUUUGUGAGCAAUGCCUAUGCUUCAGAUUUGACAGAUGUACCAAUACAGGACAUGUUGAAAUGUGGAAGACAGUUUUCUUGAAGUCAAUCCAACAACAGGUUGUGGAGGAUCAGGAUGAUUUGGAUCAUGAUGCUGAAGGUAUCGUGCUAGAUGCAGUUGUUGCUGAUGAUGAGGAUGGAAUGCUGAUCCGGCAGAAUGCAGAUGAAAAUGAUAUUGUUGCUGACCACAAUGUUGAGAACCAUGAACAGGCUCCAGUUGAAGGGGUUGAUUUGUUGGAGGCUGGUGGAAGUGAUGACCUGUUUAAUGUUGGAGAGCUUCAGGACUUGAGUUACGACGCAAACACUUCCUUCUCUUAUAUUAAAGAUGUAGAUGAUAUUGGAUCACAAGAAAUGCCACUGACAACAAACAGGACGAAAAAUUUAUUUAUAUUAAUUUUUUCAAGAACAUUUCAAAGGAUCAUUGGACAAUAAAUUCAGAGGAAUUUUCUUUGCUGAAAACGGACAUUCUAAGGAAGAUUAAUGAACCUGAACUUGUGUUGAUUGGUUCAAGAUGCUACUGUAAAUUUGUUCUCUAGGCAGAAUGUAUUGGUGACCCCAAAUAGUUGAACAAAAUGAACACUGUCAUUUAUGUUCAAUAUUGUUUAUUUGCAAAUUAAGUUUGAAAUGUAAUAAAAAAAUUUAUCAGUUAC